AUGGACCAAAUUCCACAGACUUUUAUCGACACUAUCAAAGCACUCACUCACAAUGAUACCAAUGUCAUCAGAGAAGCAGAGGCAAAGUUCAACACCUACAAGGCACAACCCGAUCAACUCAUUGGAUGUCUCUUGUUCAUGAUGGUCAACUCCACAGAUCUAUUGUUGAAAGAAUUCUCUGCAGUUUUGGUUCGUCCACUUCUCUCACCAGGUGACAAGAACUCACUCUGGGAAAAGAUCUCGGUAUCCACACAAGAGAGCGUCAAGGUUCAAUUGAUCGAAUUGUUGAAGGCCGACAUCUCAAAGACAUCAAGAAGCAAGGUUGUAAACAUCAUUGCCUCGCUCUCACCAACUCUUAUCUCUGCAGGUAAAUGGGAUUUGAUUCCAUUCCUCGUCGAAGCAGCCAAGAGUCCAGUUGAGCAACUUAGAGAGUCUGCAUACCUCAUUGUCAGCAAGAUCGUUGGUGAGAUCGCACCAAUUAUCAAGCCACACGCCGUUCUCUUUGCCGAUCUCUUGAAGUUCGGUUUGAACGACAACUCUGUUCUCGUCCAAACUGCAUCACUCUCUGCAGUUUCCAGUUUUAUUAAUAUCCAAGAAAUCGAUACCACCCCAUUCAAACCAUUAUUACCACUUAUGAUUACUGCAAUCACAAGAGCAAUCGAAAUGAACCAUGAAAAGAAUGCACAAGAAGCAAUCGUUGUGUUUGUUAUCAUUGCAGAGACAAAACCAAAUUGGUUUGCAACCAAUGUCGACUUGGUAUUCAGAUCGUUCUAUGACAUCCUCAUUUCAGAGAUGGUCGAAGAGGAAACCAGACACUACGCCUUGGAAUUCUUUAUGACACUUGCUCAAAAGAGACCAAGUAUCUUCAAGAAGAAUCCAGCUUAUUUGGACUCAAUCGUCAAUGUCUUGUACAAAUGGACUUCCGAAGUCGAUGAGAUCCCACUUGACAAGUGGAAUAAAUCAACUGAGGACGGAGAUGAUGACAACACCAACUCUAGCACAGCUAUUGAUGCUUUCGAUCGUCUUGCAUCUGAACUCCCAAGACAAUUGACUGAAAUCACUUUCUCAAAAUACAUUCCACAGUUGUUGAAAUCUCAAUUGUGGACAGAGCGUUUCUCUGCUCUCAUGUCGAUUGCUAUGAUUUGCGAAGGUGCCAAGAAAGUUAUUUCACCAAAUUUACAACAAGUUUUACAAUUGAUUGUACCUUUGGUUAAUGAUCCAGUUCCACGUGUACGUUGGUGUCUCUUCUUCUGUUUGGGUCAGAUGGCCACUGACUUUGGAGAAGAGUUGAAGAAAUACUAUGAAGAUAUCUUCCGUGUCGUUGGUGCUGGUGCUGGCGAUCAAAACCCACGUGUACAAGGUGCUGUUUGUCUUCUCCUCUCUACUUUCCUUGAGGACUUUGAAAAGAAACUUAUUGUUCCCCACAUCAAUGGAUUGUUCACCCUUAUUGGUUCAAUGUUGAACUCACAAUACAUCUACGUCGCUGAAAACGCUCUCAGUGCAUUCUCAUCCAUUGUCGAAUGUAUCGAUGAUGAUUUCAAGCCAUAUUUCGAUAAGUUCAUGGCUUUCCUUUUGGAUAUCCUCCAACACAAGACAACCAAACCAUAUAGAACAUUGAGAGGUAGAGCUAUCGAGGCAAUCAGUUUGAUUGGUCUUGCCGUCAAGAAGGAGGUUUUCGCCCCACACCUUCAUGAAAUCAUGAAAUUCAUCUCCGCACAACCACCAUUCGAAUCCGAUGAUCCUCAAAUCGACUUCUUCCUCCGUGCUUGCACCCGUUUCUGCCAGUGUCUAGAAAAGGAUUUCAAACCAUACGUUGACUACUGUAUGAAGCCAAUUCUUAAUGCAAUCAAAGCAGACGUUGAAAUUGUUACUACAGCUUAUGGAGAUGACUAUGCUGAAGACUCUGUUGCUGAUUCCAGUACAAUUGCAGUUGAGAAUAAAUCGUUAGCACUUUCACUUUUGGUCAUCUACACCUCAGUGUUGGGUGAAGAGCUCUUUGCCUACGUUGAACCAUUGACCAAGGAGCUCCUCUCAUUGAUUGAUUACCAAUUCAAUGAAGACAUCAGAGCUAAUGCCGUAGAAUUGAUCCCAUAUCUUUUCAAGGUUGCCGAGGCCCAUGCCAAGUCAUCCCCCAACGGUGUCACCGAAUUCAACCAGAAACUCUUUGAGAUCGUCAUUGCCAAGCUUUCCGAGAGUGUAAUCGCAGAGACUUUGCCAGAGAUUAUCAGUGAAAAGUUAAAGGCUAUUGGUGAGAUCGUUGAAAUGGUAGGAUCCAAGUAUAUGCAGCCAGCUCAAAUUAACGGUGUAUUCAUUACUAUCGGUAAGGUAUUGGAAGUUCUCGACGAAUACAGAAAUGAGGCCGGUUACGAUGAAGACGAAGACGACGAUGAUCCAUCAGGAAACUAUGAAAUGCAAUUUAUUGAGGAUGCUUACAACAGUGCAGCCAUCGCAGUUGGUGACGUACUCAUCUCGACCAAGCAAAACUCUGUUAAACACCUCCAACAAACCCUCCUACCGGACAUUUUAGAAAGAAUCAACGACACUGAUAUCACUUCAGAAUCCGUUAGAUCCUCAAUGAUUUGUAUUAUCGAUGAUCUCAUCGAGCACGGAGGUAACGAAGCCGGUCAACUUUACACCCACAUCAUUCCACCCUUAAUUAAAUUAUGCUUUGAAAGCAAAGACGCACCAGUCAAGCAUGCCGCAGCAUUUGGUUUGGGAGCAGCUGCCCAAUACGCCACUCAAUUCUUUGUUCCAUUUAUUUUCGAUUCCCUCAAAGCAAUGCAUACCUGCGUGUACUCACCACAGCAAAAAGCUACCGAUGAACAACGUUCUGCCUCUGAUAACGCCAUUUCUGGUAUCGGUAGAAUCCUUGCCUAUUGCUCACAGCCACUAGCCCCACACAUGGCAACCGUCGUACCAACCUGGAUUGCUUGUUUACCAAUCGAAGAUGAUUCUGAAUCUCCAAUCGUUGUUGAAAAUCUUAUAACUGUUAUCAAAACUAACCCAUCUGCUAUCACACCAAAUGAAUACCCCAAUAUUUUGAAAGUAUUUAUCAUUGCCCAACAAAAGUCUUAUAUUAAUGCAGAUAAAGUUCAAGAUGCCAAGAAUAUUAUAAUUUCGAUGAAACCAUACGUCGACUCUGUAUACGCUCAAUUGAGUGGCGAUGAUAAGAAAGCUCUAGAAUUGUUGUGCAAAUAA